AUGACCCUGAUGCAGGCUCCGGGCUCCAGACUUGGUCAGUUCUGCGUGCUGAUCCUCAUCUUCACAGUGCUGCUGCAGGUUUUUGGUAUGGGCGUGUUCUACAUGUAUCUCAGCAAGAAGCUGAAGCAGAUGCAGGACAAAUACUUUAAAAGUGGCUUGGGUUGCUUCUUGGAGGAAGAUGACCGUUCCUGGGACUCCAGAGAUGAAGAGAGUAUGAUCAAUCCCUGCUGGGAACUAAAGUCACAACUCCAUCUGUUUGUUAAAAAGAUGACUUUGAGAACCUUUGAGGAAAUGAUUCCUACAGAUCCAGAAAAGCAAUAUAAUCCUUACCUAGACAGAGAAAAGGGUCCUAAGAGGGUAGCUGCUCAUAUAACUGGAAACAAUCGGAAAAGAAGUACGUUUCCAGUUCUAGGCUCCAAGAAUGAAAAAGCUGUGGGCCAUAAAAUAGAUUCCUGGGAGUCGUCAAGAAAAGGACAUUCGUUCUUGAAUAAUUUGCACUUAAGGAAAGGAGAGCUGGUUAUCCUUCAAACAGGAUUUUAUUACAUCUAUUCCCAAACAUACUUUCGAUUUCAGGAACCUGAGGAAGUUUUGGGAACUGUUUCAACAGAAGAGACCAGAAAAAAAAGCAAACAAAUGGUACAAUAUAUUUACAAAUACACAAGCUAUCCUGACCCUAUACUGCUGAUGAAAAGUGCUAGAAAUAGUUGUUGGUCUAAAGAUUCAGAAUAUGGACUCUAUUCCAUCUAUCAAGGAGGAAUAUUUGAGCUUAAGGAAAAUGAUCGAAUUUUUGUCUCUGUAACUAAUGAACGAUUGGUUGACCUGGACCAAGAAGCCAGUUUUUUCGGAGCCUUUUUAAUUGGCUAAAUGAUCGAUUAAGAAAAAACAGUGCCCCCAGAAUGACCUUUCACUUUUCAGAGCGACGUACAUCAAACACGUGGUGGAAGUAAGGCAGCCUGAGCAGAAAGACUUCAACCAAAAGAUCAACAUCACAAGCGUUUUUGGUGUCCUGGAUCCUUUACCACUUAGCUCCCUGGGAAGCCCUCCCCACCUUACCACCAGAAAUCUAGAAGGUUCUCAAUUGAGAAAUAAUUGUGUAGCAAUCAACAUCUCUGC